AUGAAGUAUUACCUUCCAAUCCUGCGUACAAUCUGGGCGUUCUUGGAGAGAACUAGCAACGAAGGUGGCAAAUUGAUUGUGGGACCAGAACGAGGCAUCAGCGAGUCAUUCACUAACUGCUUGGAGUUAAGUGCCUUGGACGGCUUCUACUCAUACGCCUCAGGCAACAAUCCAAUGUUUUUUGUGCCCAAGCACACUCGACAACGUAAAGUGCAAUUUAGUCAGCAGUAUGCGGAAAACUAUAUUAUCAAUGAGAACACACCAGAAGAUGUUGACGAUGAUGUUUCAUUAUCGGCUUUGUCUACAAGGAGAACCACAAAAACAGCGAGAACCGCGAGAGAGCGAGUUGUUGCAAGCGCGUCUGUGCCUUUGGCGCAACCCGUUGCUCACACAGUGACGGCAAUUUCCAUUGCAUUUAAUACCGCAAUUAUGGAACGCCAUUUACGCUACCCUGAAUACGUCAGCAUCAACAACUUCUACUCGGUUUUUUCCAAUCUUGUGAAGGCGGUGAAAACUAGGAACGGUCUCGAAGACAGACUGCCAGAGGACUUUCAAGUGGACGGCGGGCAAGGAGCAGUGCCACUACUUGCGGUGCUCACAGUUGGCCAAGGGAAGUGCAAAUGCAUUCAAGAAGUCGCGGUGUUUCCGAAAACUCGCCCACCCUCCUCAGAGGAGGCAACCGACACAUUUUCAAAGCUCUAUUUUGAGAAACUUGAGCCGCCAAUCAUCGACAGGCCAGAACAGGCCAUCGAAUUCGUUCUCGACUUGCUUCAGCAGAGGGACGUUGAAGGGGAAUUCUCCAUCGCUGUUGUCUGUGAACCGUACGCACACUUCAACGAGACUAGAGGUAAGUACGAACCAACGAAGGGAGCGUUCAAAUCCGCACAAGAAAUGGUCGCAGUCUACGUCGGAUUGCUUAGUGCCUACCCGCAAGUACGAAUGCUCACGAAUCCCUUCCGGACUGAAGACACUGAUGCCUGGUUCGGCCUGCAACAGUGCCUCGUGGAGAACGACGCUCUAGUCAAACUCUGUUCGUCUUCCCGCGCCUGGCGCGUUGACUCGGGGUUCAGACUCACCUCAGCACCCACCAUUUCUGAACUGGCACGACUGCUGCACGGAACAUCACCUAGCAAUGAGGAAAGUGUGGAAAGGCGGUCCUUUGACGCCUCCGAUGUGAUUGGUUUGAAUGCUUUCGAAGUCCAAACUGACUGUUGUCUUAUUCUGGACGUGGUUGAAGCGGUCCUGUUUGCAAAAUGCAAGAAGAAGCAAGUCACAUUUGAUCUGCCUCGAGACUCGAGCAUCGGCGUCAACAAUGAAUUGACCUUGGCUGUGGCACUGGCAGUUGGAGCCGAUUACAUCAACUUCGGAAAUGUGCAUUCCGUUUUGCAACGUGGAGAACUGGCCAAGUGGAUUGACGUUGUCUACGAUGACCAACUAUUGGUUUAG